AUGUACCCGACUUUUGGGAACGGAUCAUCCAGGCGCCUCACGGCAUACAUGAACACCCGCAAUCAAAACGCCCGUUGCUUGCCCCCUCCACAUUUCACUGAGAUGUCGGAACUCCCUCCAGAGCUCGAACGCGAGAUAUUCCUUAAAUUCUGUGCGGAUUCUCCCCCGGGGGACUGCAUACAACUUCUCCUCGUUGCUUGGAGAGUAAAGCAGUGGAUUGAACCGCUUCUUUACCGGACAAUUGUUCUCAGUUCAGUGCGACCACCAGAGGGACGCCCUCUUUUCACGACAAGCACAUUUCUAGUCGCACUUCGAACCAGACCAUCCUUUUUUCGCGAGGCUGUGCGCAACCUGAUGAUUCACUCUGUCCCAGAUGAAGCCAUUCAUACCAUUCUCGCUACCUGCACUCGGCUGGAGAACCUUUGGGCUCCGAUGGCCAGCGAUAUUCUCUUUGACUUGAUCACAUCGUCCCAUGUUCAUCAUGACCCACCUCCAUUGAACCAACUCUACACUAAUUUCAUGCCGUUACUACAGGCACUCCCUCACACACAUCCCUUUUUCUCUCGCCUCACGCAUUUGGAGGUCAUUGGCUGCCCGACACGGCGCCAAGAAGCAUUAUGGGUCGCCCGACUGGGGCAAUUACCUUGUCUUACCCAUCUCGCUUUCAACGAGUAUGCCCUCGUUCCUGCGCUCUCUUCACUCUUCCAAUCGUGCGGGCUCCUUCAAGUACUUGUGUCGCUUGUCGGCUCCCCGGCUGAUGUGGAGGAACGCGAUGAAUCGCAAGACUCGCGUUUUGUCGUGCUAUUUUCACGCUGGUACGAGGACUGGCAGCUGGGAGUUGAACGAGGCCAGGAUUAUUGGAGCAAGGCGGAAUCCAUUGUGGCAAUGCGUCUCAAAGACAAGGCCGAGGAAAUACAAAUACCGGAAUAA